AUGGAAAAAGAUUAAGAGACUAAAAAUAUAGCUAAUAAUUCUAAAAAUACAAGAUCAAACUCUUCAAUAAAUUAUUAAGUAGAAGAAAUAGAUUCUUUUUGGAAUUACAAUCUUCGAUAAAAAGCAACUCUAGAUGUAUCAAAGAUAUUUGAGUUUCAACUCAAAGGUGAAAACUUAAUUUAAUAGAUUGAACAAAAUAUUAAAAUUAUAUUGAGGCCAUAAAUAGAUUAAGUAAAAAUAUCGAUAUGAUUAGUUUUUAAAAAUAAAUAAAAUAAAUCUGAAAUUGUUAAAAUAUCCAAAAAUAGAAUGGAUUCCUUAAAAUAAAUAAGUUUAAAAUGUCUAAAAAUCAAAUAUUCCACUUGAUACUUAAGUAUUUUUACUUUUAAACUUCAAUCAUAAUAAUAUUACACAUAGCAUUUAUCCAUAAUCUGUACAUUAAUAUACAACAUAUAUGAAAAUUGAUUAAAAUAUUAAAGUAUAUUUCUUUUUUAUUUAGAGAUUGGAAAUUUAAGAUAUUAUCUUUAAAUAUAAUUUUACUACAGAUUAAAGAGAAAAAUAUAAGUUAGAAGUCUUAAAAAUACCUAGAGAUGUUUGGAGAUCAUAAGAUGGUAUAAUUGAAAUGAUACAAUUAAAUGCAAAAUAUGCUCUACAUCAUUUAGAUAUAAGUAAAUUCUAUUUUAUAUUUAUUUAUUUAGUUUAAUUAUAUUCAUUGUAUCUAUUUAUAGUAGAGAAGAAUAAUAUCUCACAUCUAAAUUUUGAAGAUUUAUAAAAAUUUUUAAAAGAUAGGAUGUCAAAAAAAAAUAUAUUUUUGAAGAUAAAUUUAUAUUCUUUGGGUUCAAUUUUUCUUUAAUUUUCAAAUAAACAUCUUGAAAAAAUUAAAACAACACUUUUUUAAAAGAUAAACUAUAUAUAAUAAUUUGAUUUGCAUUAAAUUUAACAGCUUUCAUACAAAUCUUUUUAAACUCAUGAAUAUAUAAAUAAAGAACAAGCUUUUUUGUGUAAUUCUUGUUUAAGAUUUUCAUCAUAAUGCAAUUGCUAAUUUAAUAAUAAAAUUUCUUAAUUAAGAAAUUUAUUAGAUUAUUGUUAAGCUUUAAAUUAUAAAAUAAAGGGUAAGAAAUUAGUAUGGGUUAAUGAUGUUUUGCAAUUUAAUUAAAAAUAUGCAUGUAGUAAUUAAUGCUAUAAGAAUUUUAACAAUUAAAAUUAUUAAAAAAAAACAAAUUUGCCUUAAAACUUUAUUGAUUAAUAUAAGAAAUUAAAAAUUGAUUAAGAUCCAUGUAUAAUAGCUAAAUAACAUAAUAUAGAUUGUUUAUCAAUAUUUUUAUUAGCAAGAGUUUAAUAUCAUGAAUUAAGAGAACAUUAUAUAAAAACUAUAAUAUAAAUUUAAAAAUAAAAGGAUUAGAAUGCCUUAAUUAAUAAUCCAUUUAAAUCUGCAUCACUUUAUAUAUAAUGUUGUCAUAAAUAAGAUUUUAAUUGUUAACAAUGUAAAUGUGAAAUAUUUUGUUCUAAAUAUUGUGAUUGUUCUUAAAAUUUAUGUAUCAAAAAAUUUAAGGGAUGUAAUUGCAAAGAUAGAUGCUCAUCAGAUGGCAAAUGUACAUGUCGAAAAAAUAAUAAUGAAUGUGAUCCUUUAAUUUGUAAAUGUUGUAGUUCAGAUUCUAAAUCUAUUUGUUCAAAUACUUAAAUUUUAAUAAAAAAUUUGAAACUUACUCUUUUAGGAAGAUCUACAGUUUGUAAUGGACUUGGAAUAUUUUCAAAAUAAUUUAUAAUGAAAGGUGAAUUAAUUAUUUAAUACAUUGGUGAAAUUCUAAUUGAUGAUGAAGAAGAAAUUAGAGACUCUUUUGAUGAUACAUUCUCAUUUUAUAAUUAUUAAUUAAGUGAUGAAAGAUAUUCAUUAGAUAGUCGAUUUUGUGGAAAUGAAAGUAGAUUCAUCAAUCAUAACAGUCUAAAAUUAAAUAAUUGUAGAACAAAACAAAUGUUUACUUGUGGUAAAAAUUAACAAAAUUUAAUUAUUAUUAGGUUCGUAUCAAUUGGCUAUUUAUGCCAUUAAAAAUAUUGAUCCUGAAUAAGAAAUAUUGUUGAAUUAUAAUGAAGGAGAAUCACUAAAUAAAGAAAUUCAUAAUUGGAAUGAUUAGCAAUAAUAGUAUUGGAAUUAUCUAUAAAAUACUGUUAAGAAAUAAAAAUGA